UCACUCAGGCACCGCUCCAGACAGCUACAGCCGGCGGUUGGGGUCCUUUUCCACUGGGUUGAGGAGGAUUAGCUGCCAACAUGCCGACUGUCGGAGUAAAAAGGGAUCUUCUCUUCAAAGCUUUGGGCAGAACAUACACUGAUGAAGAGUUUGACGAGCUGUGCUUUGAAUUUGGGCUGGAGCUGGAUGAAAUUACCUCAGAGAAGGAGCUAAUCAGCCGAGAGCAGGGUGACUCCAAGGCAUCAGGAGCAUCUGACACCAUCCUGUACAAGAUUGAUGUACCAGCUAACCGCUAUGACCUGCUGUGUCUGGAAGGACUGGUUCGUGGACUACAGGUCUUCAAGAAUAAGUUGGAGGCACCUCGCUACAGACGUGUUAGCCCGGCCAGCGGGGAGCCUCAGAAGCUCAUUAUUACUAAGGAGACGGCGGCAGUGCGACCCCAUGCUGUGGCAGCAGUGUUGAGGAACAUCACCUUCACGCAGGAGCGCUAUGACAGCUUCAUUGAGCUGCAGGAGAAACUCCACCAGAACAUCUGCAGGAAGAGGAGCCUAGUGGCCAUUGGGACCCAUGACCUGGACACCAUCUCUGGUCCUUUUACAUACACAGCCAAACCUCCCGGAGACAUCAGCUUCACACCCCUCAACCAGACCAAAGAGUACACUGCCACCCAGCUCAUGAGCCUCUACAAGACAGACAGCCACCUGAGGCAUUACCUUCACAUUAUUGAAGACAAGCCUGUGUACCCCGUCAUCUACGACAGCAAUGGUAUUGUCCUAUCCAUGCCUCCCAUCAUCAAUGGGGACCAUUCAAAAAUCGCGCUAAAAACAAAGAACGUCUUCAUUGAGUGCACGGCCACAGACCUGACCAAGGCAAAGAUCGUGUUGGACAUGAUGGUGACCAUGUUCAGCGAGUAUUGUUCACAGCCUUUCACGGUAGAGGAGGCUGAGGUGGUGUACCCAGAUGGCAAGACCUGCAAAUACCCAGAGCUGGCUUACAGGAAGGAGAAGUUGUCCAGCGAGUUUAUCAACCGAAAGGUUGGCAUCAAUGAGUCAACUGAGAAAAUCGCCCAGCUGCUGACCAGGAUGUGCCUUCGCUCCCAGGCUACAGGUGUUGGUGAUGAGAUCGAGGUUGAGAUCCCACCCACGCGCUCAGACAUCAUCCACGCCUGUGAUAUCAUGGAGGACGCCGCCAUGGCCUACGGUUUCAACAACAUCACUCGCACCACACCACGCACCUACACCAUAGCCAACCAGUUCCCACUGAAUAAACUGACAGAGCUGUUGAGACAAGACCUGGCAGCUGCUGGAUUCACAGAGGCCCUCAACUUUGCCCUGUGUUCUCAAGAAGAUAUAGCAGACAAGCUUGGAAAGAAGAUCUCAGAGACCAGGGCAGCUCAUAUCUCCAACCCCAAGACAGCUGAGUUCCAGGUGGCGCGGACUACCUUGCUGCCAGGCCUGCUGAAAACCUUGGCUGCCAACAGGAAGAUGCCCCUUCCCCUCAGACUGUUUGAGAUAUCUGACGUAGUGCUGAAGGAUGAGACGAAAGAUGUCGGGGCGAGGAACAGCCGGCGUUUCUGUGCCGUUUACUACAACAAGAGUCCCGGCUUCGAGGUGAUCCACGGCCUGCUGGACCGGACCAUGCAACUGCUGGAGGUGAAGUCCGUCCGCGGGGAUGGCUACCACAUCCAGGCUGCAGACGAUUCCACCUUUUUCCCUGGUCGCUGCGCCGAGAUCUUUGUCCAUGGAAAGAGCGUAGGGCGUCUCGGGGUCCUCCACCCAGACGUCGUCAACCGCUUCGAGCUGACCAUGCCCUGCUCGGCCCUGGAGAUGGACAUCGAGCCCUUCCUUGGCCACACUGCUGAAACCACCCUCACACACGACGUCCCCAUGCAGGAAGUUAUCAAGCACAAGUUUUCCACGCAAGAUGAAUCCUCGCAGGCCCCGUCCUUCCAUCCAGCUUCCACAAAAACUGUGUUUGGUGACAUGAGCACGCCGGCCGGCCUUAAAGCUCUCAAUCAUUUUCUGGCAGACAAAAGCUACAUGGAGGGCUUUGUGGCGUCCCAGGCUGACGUUGCAAUGUUCAACGCCAUCCCUUCUGCUCCCUCACCGACAUUGUGCCACCUCAUGCGCUGGUAUAACCACAUCAAGUCAUUCCAGAGGGAAAGAGCCAGCCUCCCAUCAGCUAAGAGUCAGUUUGUCCUCCCAGCUACUCCCCCCGCCUCGACAAACAACGCCAGCGAUGACGACAUCGAUCUGUUUGGCUCGGACGACGAGGCCGAGAGUGCCGAGGCGGCUACAAUCAAAGAGCAGCGCCUGGCCGAGUACGCCGCCAAGAAGUCCAAGAAGCCAGCUCUCAUCGCCAAGUCCUCCAUCCUGCUUGACGUCAAGCCCUGGGACGACGAGACGGACAUGGGGAAGCUGGAGGAGUGCGUUCGCAGCGUCAAAAUGGACGGGCUGCUGUGGGGGCAGUCCAAGCUGGUCCCAGUAGGCUACGGCAUCAAGAAGCUCCAGAUAGGAUGCGUGGUGGAGGAUGACAAAGUGGGCACGGAUUUGCUGGAGGAAGCCAUCACCGCCUUUGAGGAAUAUGUUCAGUCUGUGGACGUGGCUGCCUUCAAUAAGAUCUGAAUCAUACUGAAAGAAUACAUUCGCCGAAUGGUACCAUCUGAUGUUUUCUGAUCUUGGCUUUAGACAGGUGAUGUAAUAUGAAACACAAUGCUCAACCACUGUUCCAACAUCCAUGUAACGCAAUAACCGAAACUCAGGUCCUUCAUUUGAAAAGACUGUCUAUCCUUUGAUACAAGUACAAAAGAUUCUUGACUCCAAACAUCAAAUAAAGCCAUUCUAACUUUUGA